GCUCGUGAGCUUUCUUGCGGAAUCUGAAUAGAAUAGAUUAGACGAGCUUCGGCUCAAGCGCCCGAGGCUUCCGAGGCAAAUGUGCUCCCUCCGAGCUCUCAGUGCUGCCGCUGGUGGCGUGCCGGCGGCAGCAGGCUUGAAGAAAUCGGGGCCGAUCUCAGUCUCGGUCCCGGCCCAGGCGCAGAAUUGCGCCGUGCCUGAUUUCCGCAAAGCGGCGGUAGCGCUGCGGGUGUGGAUCGAGCGAGGAGGAGGAGGUUGGGGAGCGAGGGGAAGCUCAUUGGCAGUGCACGCGACGCUGCAAUCGAGGGGCACCGACGAGGAGAAGAUUGAGGAGGAAAAGGAGGAGGAGAGGAGUCGCUCGCGAUUCAACUGGACCACGAAUUGGUACCCUGUGAUUCCAGUGGCGGAUUUCGACAAGGCGGUGCCCUAUCCAUUCCACAUUUUAGGGCGCAAGGUGGUGAUCUGGUGCGACAAGGAGGGCCAAUUUCACUGCCUGCUCGAUGCGUGCCCGCAUCGCUUGGCGCCGCUCUCGGAGGGCAGAGUGGACGAGGCCGGCUGCAUCCAGUGCUCCUACCAUGGCUGGAGCUUCCGGGGCGAUGGGUCCUGCGCCAAAAUCCCCCAAGCCAAGCCCGAGGGCGCGCAGGCUCGCGCCUGCGAGCAGACUAGGGCGCAAGCCGUGGCGCUGCCGCUGCUCGUGAAGCAGGGCAUCUUGUUCAUCUGGCCCGACGAGAGCUCGCCCGAGCUCGCAAGCCGGACACCGCCCCCUACCGCCUCGUGCGUCGAGGGCGAGGGCUGGUGCGCCGUCGAGACAUUCCGCGACAUGUGCUACGGCUUCGACACGGGCAUGGAGAAUUUAGUGGACCCUGCGCACAUUCCUGUGGCGCAUCACAUGGUGAACGGAGGAGUGCUCGGCAAGAGGUCGCAGGCCACUGCUUUGGAUCUCGAGGUGAAGGCCGAGGGGCCGCUGGGAUUCAGCGCCGAGAUGAAGAAGGCUGUGGGUCCACCCUCGAUCCACACCUUCGAUGCGCCCAGUCGCUUCACCUACGAGUACGAGCUGCGCAACAUCAAGGGCGCCAGGGCAGCAACCACGACAUACUGCACUCCCACUCAACCCGGGCGAUGUCGGAUCAUCGUCGUCAAUGCUCGCAAUUUCAUGAUCGGGCUAUCCAGUGGGCCCGCAUGGUGGCAGAUUUUCCCCAGAUGGCUCGAUCACCAGCUGAUGCUGAAUCUUCUGGACGGAGACGCGAGCCUUCUGCACGAGCAGGAGCGCACUCUGGUGGAGAAAUCGGGAAAUCAGCCCGAGGCCUGGGCCAAAGCUUACUUCAUGCCCACCACAGCCGAUCGAUACGUCGGGGCAUUCAGGAAUUGGCUCAUCAGGCACGCAGGGAAAGGCAUCGGCUGGGCUCCGGGGGUCGAUCUGAACCUUCCACCUCUUCUGGAGAAGAAGGAAGACAUCAUGAAUCGGUACUCUUCCCACACUCAGAUGUGCAAAGUGUGCUCGGCGGCCUUGGAGAAGUUCAAGCUGGCCAGGAAGCUCCUUUUCCUCGUCGGCCUUGCAGCUCUGGGCGUGGCUGCUGUGCUUGCAGAUCCUUCGAGUCGAAUCAAAGCCGUGAUUUUCGCGGCCACCUCCGGUGCCAUCGGCUGGUGGCUCGGCGGCUGGAUCCAGAUGUUUUACUACAAGGGCUACAAUCAUGCUCGCAUUCCAUAGGUGACCAAUCCAAUUCGCUGAAUUCUCGCCCCAGAAGGCCGUCGGACAUCGACCCAGGUGUAUACUGUACAUAGGCAGAUGAGGUUGAACCUCUUGAACCAAUUGAAUCACUUGAACCACAACGACCUGUAAUUUGUGUGAGUUCUGGAACUUGUAAUAUACUUUGUGACUUGCCAUGGAAUCAGACUGUGAUUGUGCGUGU